AAUGAGAGCGCGCCUUUGAUGUCACGUGAUGAGCCGGACCCAAUCGCCGUUCGUAAUUUCAAACACUCGUCCUCUCUUUGUCCUAGGGGUCAGAAGCGUACAAACAACGUAUUUUGAUCAAAAAUUUAAAAAUAAUCGUUGGAAAUUUUAAAUGUUAGUAGCUUAAAAAGGCGAGAAAUUCAUGUAAGUAGAUUAAUAUAUAUAUUUGAUAAGGUGUAACGUCCGAUGGAGGUAGACGCUUGUCAAGUACGUUGACAGGAGUACGUUUGGCGUUGCCGUCGUCGACAUCGAAAGUGUUUUUCUGCUCGUUUGCGAGUAACGUGCGUCGAAAUGACUGUCACUCGGUUUACGUUAACAUCAACGUCAUCAUCGUCGUCAUCAUCAUUCGUGACAUACUUCCUGUAAUAGAGCAGCAUCCCCGAACACGUGGAUCUUCACGAUGGAUUUAUACGAAGACACCUUCAAGUUGCAGGACAUGAUCGAUUCCGACAUACGCACCGAGCUGGAUUUUCCGUCGGAUAUAGCAGAUAUAUCGGACCUGCCCAUACUGACUGCCCUGACGCCGGCCGAGCCCCUGGAUAACUGUUCGGAGGGCGAAAACUGGUCGCAGAACUCCCACCUGUACGGCAUCGACGUGGACGCGGGAGGCGGCAUCCUGGUCAAUCCCCAGACCGGGGUGCCCAUAGGUUUGAUCCAGCCCCAGAGCACCUCGGCGCCGACGUCCGCGGUCACCCUGUCCGUGGUGUCCGCGCAGCCCAUCUCGUCCUCGCCGACCUUGGUCAUGGCCCAGCCCGCCACGGUGCAGAUAACGCACAUAGUGACGCCGCCGAACGUGUCCGAGGGAUUCGUCCGGCGGGUCGACCGGCAGCGGCUCAACAUAACCGUGCCCGUGCCCGCUCCCUCCUCCGGUGCCGACGACGCCGAUCCCUGCGUCACCGGUCUGCCUCGGGUCGUCAUUCGUAAUCAGAAGACCGACGGUAACGUUGCUAGUCUCAAGGCCAAGCAGAAGGGAAAGGGGUCCAACAACAAUAACAAGGACGGUUUGGGAAGGAACGAAGGCCAGAUGUUUCCAGACAAGUUCUAUCCCAAGCCCGCCUAUUCUUACAGUUGCCUCAUAGCCAUGGCCCUCAAGAACAGUCAGACGGGAAGUCUGCCCGUCAACGAGAUAUAUAACUUUAUGAUAGAGAAUUUCCCAUAUUUUAAAACUGCUCCAACAGGAUGGAAGCUGGGUGAUAAUAUAUGUAAGUAUAAUGAUAUUGGGUAUAUGCCCAUCAGCAGAAGUAAGCAAGAGAAGAUACCAGGUUUUUUUCUUGUUGACUCCCAAUAA